UCGCCUCACUCUGGUUCAAAUUCAAACAAGGAAGGCAGGUGACGGAUGAACUUACUUCAAUAUACAUUUACUGCGCUAUUACCUGAGACAUCCUAUUAAAAAUGGAAGAAAAUGUCCAGCCAGAAUUGAAUUUUACUUCACCUCGAAAGCAUCAAGGUUCCCUGGGUAAAGUACCUUCACAUCUUACUACCCCUGUGUCAGUUCGUCGCUCCCCUCUAAAGGAUAUAGCCAAUAAUCCUUCAGAACUUAAAACAGUCAAGAAAGAUUGCAAGAAUCAUAGAGCACCCUCACAGUUUGAAGACAUCCAUCAGCAGGAUGAAGAAUCAAGUUGGCGAGAGCGCACAGAGGUCGUCACCCGCAUUGAUCAUGCUACAUAUCACAUGUUUGCUGAAGAAAUACUGAAGGAAGCUGUAAGCAUAGUUACUAAAGAACCAGCAAAACCUGAAAUAGUGUCCAAGGUGCCCUUUCAUAAAGCUGUUGCAAAAUUCAGAGAAGAAAAUGCUUCAAACCUUGGAGAAUCAGAUUCAGAAUAUGAGAGUGCUGAAGAAUUAGAAGUUGAUAAAUCUUCGAUGCAGAGACAACUGUCUCCUGUUCUGCCAGUGGCUAAUUCUAUACUGAAUAUCACUUCAUCAGUUAAUUGUACACCAAAUAGGUCAGAUAUGGUGUUUGAAAAUUCUCUUCUGAGUAGUUUUGAAAAUAUGAAAAUUGCUGACGUUGAUGAGCCAACUUUAGAGGACAAUUUUCACGAUGCCAGUGAUUCAAUGGAAGGCAUUGUGAAAUUGUCUCCCUCAAGCCUCGAGGACCAUGGACUAAAAGUUGCGGAGACAGAAAUAACCAAGAUCAUGAAUACAUCAUUUAUAAUCGUGACUGACGGCCUUAAUGAUUCUUGUGAUGCUUCUAAUGAAAUAAAAGAGGAAAUUGAGUCUUAUUCAGCUACUCAUGAAACAAGAGAGGCUCAGAGUUCUUCAGAAAACUCGGCCAAUGUGGGAGAGUUUUUACAUGACCCUCCUGUGACUGAAGUUUUUGUAGAUAAGGAAGAAAUGAAAGAAAUUAUCCCAGAGGUGAAAGAAACUACCCCUGAGAUGAAAGAAAUUAUCCCUGAGCAGAAAGAAACUAUCCCAGAGAAGAAAGAAACUAUCCCUGAGGUGAAAGAAAUUAUCCCUGAGGUGAAAGAAAUUAUCCCUGAGAAGAAAGAAACUAUCUCAGAGGUGAAAGAAAUUAUCCCUGAGCAGAAAGAAACUAUCCCAGAGAAGAAAGAAACUAUCCCUGAGGUGAAAGAAAUUAUCCCUGAGAAGAAAGAAACUAUCCCCGAGGUGAAAGAAAUUAUCCCUGAGGUGAAAGAAAUUAUCCCUGAGGUGAAAGAAAUUAUCCCUGAGGUGAAAGAAAUUAUCUCUGAGAAGAAAGAAACUAUCUCAGAGGUGAAAGAAAUUAUCCCUGAGCAGAAAGAAACUAUCCCAGAGAAGAAAGAAACUAUCCCUGAGGUGAAAGAAAUUAUCUCUGAGCAGAAAGAAACUAUCCCAGAGAAGAAAGAAACUAUCCUCGAGAUGACAGAAAUUAUUCCAGAGGUGAAAGAAACUAUCCCCGAGAAGAAAGAAACUAUCCCCGAGAAGAAAGAAACUAUCCCCGAGAUGACAGAAAUUAUCCCAGAGAAGAAAGAAACUAUCCCCGAUAUGACAGAAAUUAUCCCAGAAAAGAAAGAAACUAUCCCUGAAAUGAAAGAAACUAUCCCCGAGAAGAAAGAAACUAUCUCCGAGAAGGAAGAAACUAUCCCUGAAAAGGAAGAAACUAUCCCAAAGAUGAAAGAAACUAUCUCCGAGAAGAAAGAAACUAUCCCAGAGAAGAAAGAAACUAUCCCAGAGAAGGAAGAAACUAUCCCCGAGAAGAAAGAAACUAUCCCAGAGAAGGAAGAAACUAUCCCAGAGAAGAAAGAAACUAUCCCCGAGAAGAAAGAAACUAUCUCCGAGAAGGAAGAAACUAUCCCCGAGAAGAAAGAAACUAUCCCUGAGAUGAAAGAAACUAUCUCAGAAGUGAAAGAAGAACAGAUUGAAACUAUCCCAGAAAUGAGAGAAUCUGUUUUAGAAGUGAAAGAAACUAUCCUAGAGAGAAAAGAGUUUGGUUUAGAGAUGAAAGAAAACAUUCCAGGGACAGGAGUGACUGGCUCAGAGAAAGAAGAGGUACUGCCCGUGCCAGAGGAAGCACCCAUAGAAAAUGUUUCCUCUCAUCCAAAAGAAGCUUGUAGAGGUUCCAUGAUUGGCUCAAGUGACUUUAACUUGGAUGUUUUUGAAACUAAGGCUUCUGUUAUGAAGAGUUGUAAUAAGGACAAUGGUAUGAGUACACAGAUUGCUGCCAUGGAAGAGGAAUCUUGCAAGAAGCCACAGAUGAUUAAACAUGAAAUUGUUGGUGAAACUAAAAACUUAUUUACUGAUAAAUCAGUGACAGAGAACAUAUCCAAGAAAAGUGAAAUCUUAGUAUUAAAGAAAGAGCUCUCAGAAGAAACUGUAGCUGAUGACAGCCCACUGUCUCAAAAAGGCUGCCAGAUGGAUUUCCUCAGCAAAUUAGAUGAUCCUAACUUUAAUCCUUUUGCCACCAAAUCUGCUGUCAUAAAUUCUCCUGACAAGAAGGAAGGUGCACACUUAACUGAGGAUAAAGCUUGUGUUGACCAACCAAUAACAGAGAUGAUGAGUGAGAAAAGAGAGAACGUAGCAUUUUCAUCAAAAUAUGCAGGGUCUGAAAAACCAAUAGAUGAACUACCCCCUAAAAAAUGCUGCCAGUUGGAUAUCCUGAGUGAGUUAGAUGGCCCAAACUCAGAUCCUUUUAUCACCAAAUCUGCUGUUGUAAAUUCUCCUUGCAGAGAGGGCAAUACAUUUGUUUCUGAGGAGAAUAUGCUUUGUCAGAAAUUAAAGACAAACAUAUUAUCUGAGGAAAUAAAAACAUCACCAGCAUGGACAGAAAAGUCAUUGGAAAAUGAAAGACCUCCUCAGCUAGGCUCUCAGAUGGAUUUUCUUGAUAAGACAGUUGACUUUAAUUUUGAUCCCUUUUUGACCAAGGCUGCUGUUGUAAAUUCCCCUGAAAGCAAGGGUAAUGCAGUAUUGAUUAAUAAAGAGCUUUGUCAUAACCAAGUGACUCAAGUUGUACCCAAGCAGGAAACAGUUUUACCAGUGCAGUCAAAGGAAGUAAUAACAGAAGAACUGAUGGAAGAUCCAGGUCCUCCUAAAAAGAAUUAUCAGUUGGAUUUCCUAGAUCAGUUAGACGGGCUUAAUUUUGAUCCAUUUACAACUAAAACCACAGUUGUUAACUCGCCUGACAAAACAGACAGUGCAACUGAGAGUGAGAAGAAAAGCCCAUGUCAGAUGGCAAAGACUGGUGUUAUAUCUGAGAAGAAACAAACUAAGACAGAACAAGUUUUAGAAAAAGGAGGCUGUUCUCAAAAAAGUUAUCAAAUGGAUUUUCUUGAUAAAUUGGGUGACCCUAAUUAUGACCCAUUUACAACCAAAGCCUCUGGAAAGGAACCAACUGUAUUUUCAAGAUCAAAAGAAGCAAAGAAUGUAGUACCGGGAGUUGUUCCAUCCAGACAUAGAAAUGAGGAGAAGCAACCGGUUCCAUCAGCUGGAUCAGGAUCAGUCCAGCAUAAUGUCUUCAGUCCUCUACCUAAAAUACCAACAAAACGAGAUGACUUUUACAGCAAGUUUAGCUUUGAUGAAGAAUUUACAAGUGCUGCAGAAUUCCCCAGUGAUGAACAGGAACCAGAUGAAGGAGAAAGCUUUCUGUCUCCAAUGUUGUAUCCACUUUUCAAUAACCCAGAGGACCUGGAUGUGUUGGGUUCUCAUGGCACCGAAGGUGACAAGUUAAGUCUUGUCCGUAAUUCGCUUUAUGUCAAAUUUGAUCCAUUAGUGUCUGGCCGGCAGUCUCUUGCACCAUACCUUGCACAGCAUCUGAAAGAUGUAAAAGAAGAGGUGGAUCCAAGAAGAUGCAGUGGUCUCAUCUCAUUCAGCCCCUCUCCUGUCAAGCGCCAGAGAGAUACAGAAAGAAGAGGAACUCCAAUGAAAGCAAUGAUCAGCACUUUUGCUGAUGAAACUUUUGCAAUGGAUGCUACAAGUCUUGAGAAUACAACUGUUCUUGAAGGUGGUAACACAACAGUUGUGUCUUCUAAUCAUUCCUUGAACAAUACCACCAUUAACAGUACUGGCAAUGUCAAUGAAACUAUCAUUCACCUACCAUUGGCUAAUGCAGAGAAAAUGGUGACUGAGCGUGAAAUGAAUGACAAACUCAAGAAUAUGGAGUUUUAUAUGCAGGACCAUAUGUUAAGAAAGAGUCGUGAGUUUGAAGAGGUACAGAAGACUCUGAUGCAACAAAUAACAGAACAGAGUAUUGCCAUGAAUGGCAUGGAAGAAGAAAAUGCUACACUGAAGCAGAGUAUUCAGCAAAUGCAGGGUGUGAUGGCCAAGAUUGUAAAGCAUCAGGCUGUACAAGAAAAAGCACGCAAGAGCCAACUUCUCUUACUGGAAAAUAAGUAUGAAAUUAAAUUAUCUGUGUUGAAUAAAGAGUGUCAUCAGAACAAAGAAGAACUGAAGAAAUCUGAAGUUGCUUUCUUUGAUUUGGUUAAGAAGUUUGAGCGAUUACGUGAGGUUUCAGAGGCUCUGUCAAAGAGCAAAGAAACUCUUAUUACUGAAAAUGAAAGUUUGAGAGUAAAGUUGGUCAACAAAGAAGAAAACAUCAAGAUGAUUAUUAAAAAUCUUGAAGAUCAAUAUGAAAAAGCUCAAGAAAUGCAUAUACAUAUGAAGCAAAAUUAUGAACAAGAGUUAAAGAAGGCAUCAGUAAUGUUGAAGAAAGCGGAAGUGAAGAUCUUAACCCUGACGGAAACAGUGGAGAAAACAACUCUUGAGAAUCAGAGGUUGUCAGAUCUAAUUGACGACAUCACCAAAAAUAUGAGUGGAAGUUGAGCACUUGGACAUAUUUAAAUUAUUUCUUGUGUUAGGCUGUUAUACUAGAUUUUACAUAUUUUUACUUUUGUUUUUAUUAUUUUAUACUGGGAUUAUUGUAUAUGUAUUUAAUUUCUUAAUGAAUAUACAGGGUGGCUAUACUUGUUUUAUAUUAAUGGCUAACUUUUUAUUUGUUUUAUAUUAAUGGCUAACGUUUUAUUUGUUUUAUAUUAAUUGCUAACGUUUUAAGUUCUUCAUAAUUCAUAUAUGCUGUACAUAACAUUGCUUUACUUCAUUUAUAUAUGCUAUAUCCAUGAUCAAGUUUAAGAAUAAAAGUUUGUAUUAAGGGAGAAUUAACUUAUAAGAAAUAGUUUUAGCAGUAUAGUUUAACAUGCCUUCAUGUAUCUGUCUUAUCUUAUUUUUAUAACAAUAAAA